CUACAUCAAAACUUCUACAGAAUAAGUGGUGUUAUGUUUAUUUUAUUUUAUUUUAUCGCAUAAUCAAUUAAAAUGCACAUACAAAAGUUAUCGAAAGUCUUUAAAAAAAGACAUAAUUUUGUGAUCGGAAAUGAUAUUUGUACACCACAAAAAUUGUACUCAACUUUGUACCGAAAAAAACAAAUUUAAUAUUUCCCAAAAAUAGUCUCUUUUUUCCGGCCGGCUCCAUGAGUCACCAUGAACACCUUUCUCCGGCCGGCUCCGUGCCCCGGACGCCCGCCGGUAAUGCUAGUUUCCCGAUCAUUACAGUUGCCAUUGUCGGAAUACUCGCCACGGGUUUAUUGCUCGUCAGCUACUAUGUUUUCGUGAUCAAGUGCUGCUUGAGCUGGAACAGAGCAGAUGGUCUCCUCCGGCGGCUGAGGAGCCGACAGGGGAGCGCCGCCGACGGGCCUCUGCCCGUUCGGAAUCGCGGCCUCCGGGAGUCGGCGAUCCGGUCGAUCCCGGUGUUCUGCUACGGGGAGGAGCACGCGGCGGCGCGGGAAUGCGCCGUCUGUCUCGGCGAGUUUCAGGAAUCGCAGAAGCUGAGAAUCAUCCCGAGCUGCCGCCACUAUUUCCACGUCGACUGUAUCGACGUCUGGCUGCAGAGCAACGCCACCUGCCCGCUCUGCAGGACCGCCGUGUCCGCCGCAGUCCAAGAUCCGGUCUUGAUUCCUCGUACCAGUCCCCAAGAUCCGAUCUUGACUCCCCGUACCGCCGGCGGCGACGAAGAUGACGAUCGCAGUGUCCCCGUCGUCGGAAUUCGCUCCCAGGGUCGCCGGAAAGAUGAAGUGAUCGGAGUUCGAGAAACAAUUGUUCUUCAAUCUGGGGUAAAAAGGGCCAAGGAUCUGACCCAUGUUUCGAGCUUCGGGGACGAGUGGAUUGAAUCAAGAAACAGAGACGAUCGGUUCGGAAUCGCGCCCAUUCGGAGAUCUUUCUCCAUGAACUCCGCCGCCGACCGGCAGAUUUAUUCGGACGUUCAAGAAAUAGUUCAACGGCAGGGUUGUUUCCCGGCGGCCGGUGAUCAUCAUCUCAGUGAAGGCGGCGGUGGGAGCAGUGGCAGCAGGGUAAAAAGGUCAUUUUUCUCAUUUGGGCAGGGAUGGGGUUCAAGAAAUGCAGUUCAGCCUGUUGUUCUUUUUGAGCCUUGAUCUGUCAUAAUUUUCAUUCCAUUUUAAAAUUUUAUUACUUGUAGUAAUUUUUUUUAUUUUUUAUUUUCCAAACAUGGAUCAUGCAAUUACUUCAGACAAAUUAAUUGAAGGAAUGAGGGGUACAGAAAAUAUUAAUUGUGGGUAGAAUUUUUUUAUUUAUUUUUAAUGAGAGGGUGGGCCAGUGGUCUUCAAUUUUGACUUUUUUUUGCCAUAGUGAAAGUCUAAUCAUAUCUUAAACAAACAUUUUUCUACAUA